CGCUGCGGAUGUUUUGGAAAACAGUCGGCUCUGGGGUAGGGAAACUGAGCUGUGUAGGAAUGUGACGUUUGCUCACAUUUGACUUACUUUAUGUCCCUGAAACAACGAAAGCGACCUCUUCAGACAGUAAGGACGACAUGUAGCGUGUACGGCUGCAGUUUGCUGCUGCUUCUUCUUCGUGUACGAGAUUUAACGAGCUAACGGAAAAUGCCUAAAAAGGCCAAAAAGAGAAAGCACAAGAAGUCGUCUUCGUCCUCAAGUGAAGAAGACGAGAGGAUAUCCAGAGGACAAUAUGCAAGCAACAGUUACAAAACCGCCAAGAGGAAAGAAGUUUUAAAGAGUCAGAAAAGCUGUAAAAAGGACAAGGAAAAAUCCGUUUCUUCUUCUGUUAAAGAUGACUCCCAAAGCACCCGGCAGAUCAAAAAACCUGUCUACAGACUGGCAAAAACACAAGCAACAGAGCAGAAACCCAUUAAUAAGGACAGACAAUAUGCAAAAUCCAAACCAGACUUUGUGGCAUUCCAUGGGGAUCAUUGCUCCAGUAAAGCAAAGAAUUAUGUUUCAGGGAAAGAUAAAACUGUCACUGGAAGCGACAUUGUGGAAAGAGGAUACUCAAAACUCAGUGCAGGUGCAGUCCCUCAGAGAACAGAAACAAAGUCUAAAGGUGGGUUCGAUGAAAAGUCUUCCCAGAGGAGCCAGUCCAAAUUAAACAAGCCUCGAGUGGGUCCCAGUUUAGUAUCUGCUGAAGUGAAAGAACCAAGGCAGGAUGUGCAGAAGAGGAACUGCAGAACUGAGGACCCACCGAGGACUGGAAAUCACAGCAGGUAUAUCAAGACCAGCAAACCUACCUCCUCCACCUCUGCUAUAGAGAUGUGUCAAAAGCAUGAAAAAAAGGAGUUAAAGCCCCAAAGAAGUUUCUAUAAAGAUGAUGCAAACACGUCUUCUGCCUCCAUCUUAAAGAAGUCUUCCACUUCAGCCAAACACAGUGCCUCGGAAAGCAGCUCAAAGAUACAGGUGGUUGAAGAGCUUCAUCUUGCCCGCUCUGAGAAGAGAUUGGAGGUGAAUGUCCUGAAGAGCUACGGGGAACUCACCGCUAUGGACAUAGAUUGUCCCGAAGAAGGACCUGCAGGCAGAAACUCGUCUCAGCAGGACCUAAUCCUUGUUCUCGACACAAACAUUCUCCUCAGUCACCUGGAUUAUGUGAAAAAGAUCCGCUGUCAUGGCCUCGGAGGCCUGGGCUUCCCCAUUAUCGUCAUCCCCUGGGUGGUGCUUCAGGAGAUGGACUCCCUAAAAAUGGGAAGAGGCCUGUCAGGCUCCGUGGCCCACCUGGCGACUCCAGCCAUCUCUUACAUUUACAAGUGUUUGAAGAGCCGGGAACCUCGGCUGUGGGGCCAAUCUAUGCAGCAGGCCGCAGAGAGCAGCAAUGGUCUGACUGCUGAGAAUAACGAUGACAGAGUGCUGCAGUGCUGCCUGCAGUACCAGAGGCUGUACCCAGAGUGUGCUCUCACCUUAUGCACCAAUGAUAAGAAUCUGUGCAGUAAAGCCCUCCUGAGUGGGGUGAAGGCACUCUGCAAGACUGACUUGGAGGCAGAGGUUGGGAGAUCCAGACAUGGCCUUCAGAUCACUGGAGGCAUUCAGGCUUCUGUGCCACCGAGCAAUAACCCUCAGGUCUUAUCACCAACGCUGAGCACGAGGUGCCCACCGGUUCAGCCACAUGGUCAAAAGAAAGCGGGCUUUUAUGUGGGAGUCCUACACAAAGAAAGCAAGCAGCUCAGUGAAGGAGACGAGGAGAGGACACUAAGGGACCUCAGCGGAUGCAUUUCUGCAUUAGAAGACUGUCUGAGGGAGGUGCUGUCUGACGUUUUGCAAGUGGAGAUGAAGGCUGCUUAUGAUGACCUCUGGCUUGAGAUCGUUUAUUUAAAGCCACCGUGGACACUUCAGGAUGUCUUACAGUGUAUAAAAAAGCACUGGAUUGCUGUUUUUGGCCACCUCACCCAUCGGAGGAAGGAGCAAACUGUUUUAAAGCUCAUCAAAUUUUUCAACUCCGGUGAAACGGUGGAGCGUGAAGCCAUCUCAGAGGUCGUUCAAGAUGCCAAAGAGCUUGUGAACGCUUUUUCGAGAAGUUCAAAGCGCGUUCCACGAGCAGUCGCUGUACUGGACGACAUUUUGAACAAGCUACGACCUCAGCCAAAUCCUCCUACGGGGGGAGAAUCUCCCGCCUGCGACGUUGUCAUGAAUGACGAUGACGAUAACGGAGACUCUCACCAGGAAGUGUGGGCCGUCUUUGAGAGGAUCUGGUCUCACGUGUGUCAACUAAGCUUGGAGGUGUUCAAAGCUCUGGGCUUUGACCCUCACACCAGGCAGUGCCUUCAGCCAGAGGGAGCUGCUCCACCACCACAGGAUGCCUUGGCCUGCUUGCACAAACUGUCCUCCAUGGUCUCGCAGCUGCUCCAAGCUUUCAGCAGUGUCUUGUUAUCAGCUCCCGGCUUAGAAGAAGUCCAGACACUGCUCAGCAUCAUCAACUCCAACAAUAUAGUAACUGAGAAUUCCAGGUUAACCGCCAAAAGCCUGCUCGACUGUUUUUCACAGCCGGACUACAGGGAGAAGCUCAGGGUGGGAGGGACCAAGUUAAUGGAGCUUCAAGAGGCCUUGGAACACUGUGUUCAAGCUGCAGGUCAAUACACGACGUUCCCCACGUAGCACCGUCAGGAACGUUGCUCAUCAACCAAACUGAUUCCUCGACGUGACAGAUUCUUAACUUGAACUCAAAGCUGUCGAGUUAAAGGCGCAUCUGCUCGUGCUGUGCCCGUUUCUGCCUUUGUUCUCCAUCCAUAAAGCUCAUGUUACAGAGAUAACGCUGUUUUCUGAAGGUUUGUUUAAUGCUGUAACAGCUGGUUUGUAUAAUUCAGCAAGUACAGAUUUCAUUAUUCUCUAAUAGCUUUGCACUUGUGUCCUGAAUGAGUUUUGGUGAGUUAAGGUGAAAUUUAGUUUAUAAAUAUUUAAAUCUAUUUUAAAAAAUCAUAUUAUUUUGUUUAGAGUGAUUAGUUAAAUGACAAAACAUUUUUACUUGAAAUAUUUUUUUAAUAAAAAUAAAACAUGUACCAUUUGUUAUUUAAAGGCCUGCAUUUAUUUAGGUUUGUUUUUAAAUCAUUUCUGAUUACCUGACAGCUUCUUACAGAGCUUAAUCUGUUGACGUUGUUUAACUCACAUCGAUGUCGCUCUCAUUCAGUAUGAAGCUGACGCCUGAACAUAAUUCUUUAAUGUAGAUCAGGACAAAAACCCUUUCAUGAUAAACCAGCAGGUCAGUGAACAGAAAAGGACCGUUUUCACCACGAGGCUCAGGUUACAGCCAUAAAACACUAUUUUUCUUAUGAAUGCUGAGAUUGUUCAGUGCAUUUUUUUUUAAGAGCCCAUUUUGACAUCUAAACUUAUUGUUGGCUAAGUUGUCAAGUAAAGAACUUUUUUUUUUUACUGUUGCUUGGUUUUGAAUCACUAAAGAGACGCAUCACGUUUUCUUUCCCAAGGUAGCGUUCGCAUGUGCAGAGCGCUGCUGUGAUCGUCAGCCCGAGCGUGGUCAUGCGUGUGUGUGAAGGGUGACUAAGGGGAUUAUAUGCCUGUGAUGCCAGCAGACAGGCUUAGAAUACACCUGCUGGUAGUGUGACACAAGCAGAGGCUGAAGCAUCAGACACCAUGCAGGGAGAGGUGGAAGAUGGUGAAAGGACAGGUAAUGAGGACCCCAACUUCCUGUCUCAGCUUAGUCAUUUAGAAAAAUGUACAGAGCCUUUCUUUUAAACUUGUAGCUGUCGAGGGACCUCGCUGUGACGUUGUAAUUAGAAAAUGACUGGAAGAAAAACUAUCAAAGUUAUAAUUGUAAAUGAUCAGGUAAGAGUUUAAAAUACUUCAACACAUGUCGAUGCUCUCAGCUCUUUAGUCAUGAUCCCACUUUACAAUGCAAGAGAAAAGUGUACAGCCACACAUACUUAUACUAGCCCAUUUACCCCACCAUACAAGUUACCAGUGACCAAGUUGUGAAUUGAGUGCAGGGCAGGGAUUAAACCAGCUCCAGCAGGCAGGCAGUGAUACGAGGUCAGGCAGUCCUCUUUCAACACUUCCACUAUCCAGAAUGACUGUCGUCAUCCCUUCCUGCUGAUGUCUGUUAGCCAGCUUAGCAUAAUCUCC